UCAACAUUUUAAGAUUCUUAAAGUUCCUUUAAGUGCUUCAAUUAGUGUUGCAGAGUUCUUGCUGCUUUUUAGACAAAAUAAAUGUGCCUUUUAGAGCAGAAUUUGCUCAGGCAAAUGCUUAAGCCUCCAUGGAUUCAUUCAUGGUGUGCUGUAACGCUUGUGUAAUCUACUUUCUUUGGCACACAUUUCGGGUGCAUACUUCUUAUUUUUUAAAACAAAUAUUUGGUCGCUUAUCCGAUUCGCCCUCUACUUUUAGGAUAUUUCUGUGCCUUGCUAGUUUCCUGUAGCCCCAAACCCACUGGAAUGAUGGUGUCCCUUGACAAACCUGGAAAAGUACUGCUUUCUGUUAUUUGUCAAUGGAACCUAUUUUUCCAUUUUUCUGUUGAAUUUUGUUUGGUGACUUUGGAAAGCCUGGUAACUGGUGUCUUAGCUGGCCUCUGACUUUAUUUACAGACACAGACUCUCAAGAAUUCACCCUUGGAAUUGCCUGUGUGUGGCUCUCUGUGUCCUUUUGUCUCCGUUCUGUGAGCGCUUUGUUUGCUCUUUCGUGCGUGUGUGUUUCGUGGCGCUGACGAUGUUUUGGAGUGAUGCUCUGUUGGCAACCAGGUCACAGGAUAAUAUUGGGGCAGGUUCUCAGGUUUACCUGGAGGAGUGGCUGGCAAGUGGAUUUUAGAGGCUUUCAGGAAGCAGAAAAAGAAACUUCUCUGCCCUUUUGACACCUUGAUGCACUACCUUAAAGGAGAAACAUAGAAAUAAGUACAGCUAACUUUGACUGCCCUUUCUAGCAAACCUCAUUGCAGUGAAGGAUUAGUUUUUCAUCUCCAAAUACAACUCAGCAUAUCCCCUUUAACUCCUCCCUAUGACGGAAUUUGGCCGAGUCUCUGUUUGGCAGCAGCGGGUGAGUUUCUCUUCAAUCAUCCCUCACGGUGUAGUUCUGUAUUUUCCACACAUCCUUCCAGAAGUGUACUCAUCCCAAUCAUUUCCACAUGCGAGCUUUUCCUUGGUUUCCACCCUUCAAAGGGCUGGUCAUUUUGUUCCUGGUGGCUCCUUGUGUUGUGCUCUGCUUUUAUCUUCAUAGUUUUCACAUUCCCACUGCUCAGGCUGUAGGCAGCAGUCAUCUCAGUGCAGUUAGAUUUGACUGUUCCAUGUGCCAUCCCAACCCAGAGCAAUGUUUUUUAAUCCUAACUGGAAUAAUGUCCAUCCAGGUUCUUUCUUGACUGUGAUGCUGUUGGUGGGAGAUGGAUUACACUUGGGUGUUGAUUAAACAGCCUUCUAGAAAAGGAGCAAAUUUAUCCAAGCAGCAGCUCACAAACAAAAAAUAAAUACAUUUCAGAGUGUAUCUUGAAUGCUUCUAUUACCCUGGAGGCUUUGUAGGGCUACUUGUGCUGUAAUCUGCCUUUGAGAGUUGAUCUGUGUGCUCCCACAUCGAGGUGUGUGCUUGCCAGGCAAGUUAAAUGGAGGACACUCACUGGUGAGCUCAUCGUCUCUCCCCUCCACUGUACAGUGCUGGUAUCUGUUUGAAUUCUGAAUCACCUUACUGUCAUUACUCAGACUUGUAGGUUUUUAAAAAAAACUACUUCUUCACAGGAUUAGGUAUCUCUGAACAGUUCAGUGUGGGGUUAGGUAAGCACCAGUGCUGUAUGGGAGUACCCAGCUGAAUGCUGAAGCCAGGAGGUUAAAAGCUCUUGCAGUUAGAAAGGGUUAAAAGGUUAGAUUUUCAACUUCUCAACUAAUGAAAUGGUGUGAAUUCUAUCUUCUGAAUUUCCCAAAGAGGAGUGUGUGCUGCACUGUAAAAAUCCACCUAGCCCUGUAUUAAAUAAACUAUCAAACUGAUUCAUAGUUACUGUGUGUGAGCUGAGUAAGGAUUAGUCAGUAGCAUUGAUUCUGGCAAUUUCCACUUGGCUUGCUUGAGAAAUACAUGUGCCCUUUCUAACUUGCAGCUGAGUCCUGUUCUGUAUGUCACACUUCCAAGAGGAAGUGACUGAGGGUGGAAGGACUUUAUUGACUGGCAGUUCCCAGGGCAACAUUAGAGAGGUGCACAAAAGAAUCUGUGCCUUGGUAAACAAGGAUAUCAAGCUGGACUCAAAGGUUUUUGAAAGUAAUUGACCGACAGAACAUGAGGCAAGGAAGAGUUCUGAGAUUAUCAGCUGCUUUGGGCUGAGCAUCAUCAUCUUUGCCCAAGUGGAUUUAGGCUUCCAAGACAGGCCUUCAGACAGUCCAAUGGCAGACCAAAGGAUGGACAUAUCUUCUACAAUUAGUGACUUUAUGUCACCAGACCCUGCUGACUUGAUCUCCAGUUCCCUUAGCACUUCAGGAAUGGACUGUAAUAGGAAGAGAAAGGGAAGCUCAACUGAUUAUCAACUCGAUGGCUUUCCUUUUGAGGAAGGUAUGGAUACAGAUAAAGAUGACCAACAUGGAAGAUUGGAGUAUGCAGACCAACAAGGCAGGAUAAAAAAUGCAAGGGAGGCUCACAGCCAGAUUGAGAAGAGGCGCAGGGACAAGAUGAACAGCUUCAUAGACGAGCUGGCCUCGCUGGUGCCCACGUGCAACGCCAUGUCCCGCAAGCUGGACAAGCUCACCGUGCUCAGGAUGGCUGUCCAGCACAUGAAAACACUUCGUGGUGCUACAAACCCAUAUACAGAAGCAAACUACAAGCCUGCUUUUCUAUCAGAUGAUGAAUUAAAACAUCUUAUUCUCAGGGCAGCAGAUGGAUUCCUUUUUGUUGUGGGCUGUGACAGAGGAAAGAUACUGUUUGUUUCAGAAUCUGUCUUCAAGAUCCUCAACUACAGUCAGAAUGAUUUGAUUGGUCAAAGUUUAUUUGAUUAUCUCCAUCCUAAAGACAUUGCCAAAGUGAAGGAGCAGCUCUCUUCUUCUGACACUGCGCCACGAGAAAGACUUAUAGAUGCAAAAACCGGACUCCCGGUCAAGACGGACAUCACGCCCGGGCCCUCGCGGCUCUGCUCCGGGGCACGGCGCUCCUUCUUCUGCAGGAUGAAGUGCAACAGGCCCUCUGUCAAGGUAGAGGACAAGGAUUUCCCUUCAACCUGCUCAAAGAAGAAAGCAGACCGCAAAAGCUUUUGCACUAUUCAUAGCACAGGCUACUUAAAGAGCUGGCCUCCAACAAAGAUGGGCCUGGAUGAAGACAACGAGCCCGACAACGAGGGCUGCAACCUGAGCUGCCUCGUGGCCAUCGGGAGGCUCCAUCCCCACGUGGUGCCGCAGCCGGCCAACGGCGAGAUCCGGGUGAAGCCCACCGAGUACGUGUCCCGGCACGCCAUCGACGGCAAGUUCGUCUUUGUAGACCAGAGGGCAACAGCCAUCCUGGCAUACUUACCCCAGGAACUUCUAGGUACUUCGUGUUAUGAAUAUUUUCAUCAAGAUGAUAUAGCACAUCUCGCAGAAUGUCACAGACAAGUUUUGCAGACAAGAGAAAAAAUUACAACUAACUGCUACAAGUUUAAAAUAAAAGAUGGCUCUUUUAUUACGUUGCGGAGUCGCUGGUUCAGUUUCAUGAACCCUUGGACCAAAGAAGUAGAAUACAUUGUCUCCACAAACACAGUCGUUUCCACCACGGUCCUGGACAGCGGGGACGCGGCCUUUCCCCAGCUGGCAGCGUCCCCACACAGCAUGGACAGCGUGCUCCAGGCUGGAGAAGGUGGCCCCAAAAGGACCCAUCCCACUGUGCCUGGAAUUCCAGGUGGAACAAGAGCUGGGGCAGGUAAAAUAGGGAGGAUGAUUGCUGAAGAAAUCAUGGAGAUUCACAGGAUAAGGGGAUCAUCACCUUCCAGCUGUGGCUCAAGUCCCCUGAACAUCACCAGCACCCCCCCACCCGACACAUCCUCGCCAGGAGGGAAGAAGAUCUUGAAUGGUGGCACUCCAGACAUUUCUUCAGCUGGGCUGCUGUCUGGGCAAAUCCAGGAUAAUUCUGGGUACCCGUAUUCCGACAACUCCUCUAUCCUGGGGGAGAACUCCCACAUCGGCAUGGACAUGAUCGACACGGAGCAGGGCUCCAGCAGCCCCAGCAACGACGAGGCGGCCAUGGCGGUCAUCAUGAGCCUGCUGGAGGCUGACGCGGGGCUCGGCGGCCCCGUGGACUUCAGCGACCUGCCCUGGCCCCUGUGAGCCAGCCACGGCCAGCAGCCCACAGCCAAGUGCUUUACUGGGCAGCUCUGCCCUCUGGGAAACUCAUGGGACUGAGAGGCUUUUAUGUGGGAACUUCAUAAAAGCUGUGUCAGAAUGCAACUCAUCCUACCAUGUGUAACUUCAGACAAAGUGGAAUAACCUGCUACAGUGUUCUGUGUUGAUUUGGUUAGCUGUGUAUAGCUUGCAAUACUUGUAUAUUUUGGAUUCUGUUGUUUGAAAUUUUUUUUUAAAUCACUGUGCAACUCACUGGCAUCAGUGGUAGCUUUUAUAUGCAAAUGACCAUUUCAGAUGUAUGGUGUGUUUUUACACUGCAAAACAGUCCCCAUGUGGAUAUUUCUUAUACUAAUUGUACCAUAAAGCUGUUUAUUCUUUCUUGUAAGAAUCCUUUACUAUAAAUAUUGUUAAAGUGUAAUGUAUUAGACAGUUAAAUAUUUUUAAAAUAAAUGUUUCCCUUGUUCUAAGAUGGAGCAUUUACUUUGAUAAAUAAAUUUGAUAAAACCCUGCUGAAGGUGCAUGCUAGAA